AUGUCUUCCGGAAUAAUAGAAUCAUGGGCUGAUGCAGGAGACGAGUUCUCAGCCCCACCAGAUAUCAUAAACAACCCUGAUGGGACUAAGACGGUAAUCACAUUCAGAACCAAUCAAGAAGGUAAAAAAGUGAAAAUAACACAACGUAUUAAAGAAGUUAAAGUUCAAGAAAAAGUCCACCCUUUGAUUGCCAAACGUAAAAACUGGGCCAAAUUUGGUAAAGAAAAGAAUAAACCACCAGGACCAGAUACCAGUACAACUCAAUUGGGGGAAAAAGUUGAAUUGAAAUUGGGAUUAUCAUGGAAACAAGCUGAGAAGAAAGAAGAAGAAGAUAAGCAACAAGAAAGAGCAUCUGCUGUUUCGAUACAGACCAUUAAAUGUAGAGUGUGUGGUGGUGAUCAUUAUACUUCUAAAUGUCCAUUUAAAGAUACUUUAGGAGCAGCGGCUGGUUUAACUCCAACAGGAACUACACCAGAACCAGGUCAAGAAGGUGGCGCGGAUGCAGGUAAAGGUGCAGGAGAUGGUACAGCACCAGGAAGGUAUAUUCCAAGACAUUUGAGACCAGACGCCAGUGGAAACUUGCCAUCAAGAGAAGCAAGAGAUGAUUCAACUACAUUGAAGGUAUCACAAUUGAAUAGUUUUGUUGAUGAGGAUAUGUUGAGGAAUGAAUUGUUUGCUAGGUUCGGACCAUUGGAAAGAGUUGUUGUUGUUAGAAAUAGAGAAACUGGUGAAAGUAGAGGGUUUGCUUAUGUUAGUUUUGCUACGGAAGAAAUUGCUCAAAGAGCAUUGGAUUUGUUGAAUGGUAAAGGUUACCAUUCGUUGAUUUUACGUUUGGAAUGGUCUAAAAAGAAGAAGCCAACGUAA